AUGUCACACGAAAAAGCCGAUGCCGUCACAAUCACUUUACCAAACGGUAUAACAUACGAACAACCAGUAGGUUUAUUCAUUAACAACGAAUUCAUAAAAUCAUCUGAUGCUAAGAAAAUCCCAGUAGAGAACCCAUCAACUGAAGAAAAUGUCGUUGAUGUAUACUCAGGUACUAAAGAUGACGUAGAAUACGCCGUUGAAGUCGCUGAAAACGCUUUUUUCAACACCGAAUGGAGUACACAAGAUCCAAAAGUUAGAGCUAGAUACCUCUCAAAAUUAGCAGAUCUCGUUGAAGAAGAAACAGAAUUAAUCUCUUCUAUCGAAUCCUUAGAUAACGGUAAGACUCUAGCCUUGUCUAGAGGUGACGUCGGUUUAGUCGUCAACUGUUUGAGAGAUGCCGCUUCUUAUGCCGAUAAAAUCAAUGGUAGAACCAUUGACACUGGUGAUGGCUACAUGAACUUCACCGUAAGAGAACCAAUUGGUGUCUGUGGUCAAAUCAUCCCAUGGAAUUUCCCAUUGAUGAUGUUAUCAUGGAAAAUUGCCCCAGCUUUAGCAAUGGGUAACGUCAUCAUUUUGAAACCUGCUUCUGCUACCCCAUUAAACGCCCUAUAUUUUGCCUCUCUAUGUAAGAGGGUAGGUAUCCCACCUGGUGUUGUUAACAUUAUCCCAGGUUCCGGUAGACAAGUCGGUACUACCAUCACCGAACAUCCAAGAAUUAGAAAGGUUGCCUUCACUGGUUCCACCGACAUCGGUAAGGAUAUCGCUAUUAGGGCCUCUAGUGUCAACUUGAAGAAGAUUACUUUAGAAUUAGGUGGUAAAUCUGCUCAUUUAGUCUUUGACGAUGUCAACAUUGAAAAGACCUUACCAAACUUAGUUAACGGUAUCUUUAAGAACGCUGGCCAGAUUUGUUCUUCUGGUUCCAGAAUCUACGUUCAAGAAGGUGUCUACGACAAAUUAUUACCUGCUUUCAAAGCGUACGUCGAAAACUUAAAGGUCGGUUCUCCAUUCGAUGAAGCAAAUUUCCAGGGUGCUAUCACCAACAAAGGACAAUUCGAUACUAUCAUGGAUUACAUCAAGAUCGGUAAGGAUGAAGGUGCAAAGGUUCUAACUGGUGGUGAAAGAAUCGGUGACAAAGGUUACUUCGUUAGACCAACUAUUUUCUACGAUGUUCAUGAAGAUAUGAGAAUCGUCAAGGAAGAAAUCUUUGGUCCUGUCGUCACUAUUUCCAAAUUCAAGACCAUUGAAGAUGGUGUCGCUAUGGCUAACGCUUCUGAGUUCGGUUUAGGUGCCGGUAUUGAAACUGAGAACCUAUCCACCGCUUUAAGAGUUGCUAAGAUGUUGAAAUCCGGUACUGUCUGGGUCAACACCUACAACGAUUUCGAUUCUAGAGUCCCAUUCGGUGGUGUCAAGCAAUCCGGUUACGGUAGAGAGAUGGGUAUCGAAGUCUACGACUGUUACACUGAAGUCAAGGCUGUCAGAAUCAAACUAUAA